AUGGCCGAAUUCGUUAGUGCCUCAAACUCGGCAGCCAUACCGAGCGCUUUUGAAAACCUCAGGGCUCUCCAGUCCUUUACCGAGACGGUGCACGGAGACACAUAUGACUUCAUCUCCCCCAAGAACGCCAAUCUGUCGGGCCGAUCGGUCCUCAUCACGGGAGCCUCCAAGGGCAUCGGCCGGGCCACGGCGCUGAGCUACGCCGCCGCGGGAUGCAGCAAGAUUGCCAUUGCCGCUCGGUCCGACCUCUCGUCGAUCGAAAAGGAGCUCAAGGAGGCGGCCGGCCCGCAAUGGCCUGCCCCCCAGGUCCUCAGCCUCAAGGUCGACGUAACUUCCGAGGACAGUGUCCGAGCCGCUGCCGAGACGGUCACCCGCGAGUUUGGCGGCGCUCUUGAUGUCUUGAUCAACAACGCAGGCUAUCUGGAAGACUGGAAGCCCCUUGCCGAUUCUGAUCCUACCGAAUGGUGGAAGACUUGGGACAUCAAUAUCAAGGGCACUUAUCUUUGCUCGAAAUAUUUCAUACCGCUUCUGCUCAAAGGCAACUUGAAGACAAACAUACUCACUUCGUCUUAUGGAGGUAUCGUGCAUUGGCCGGGUGCGUCCGGGUAUCAGACAACAAAGUUUGCAGUAUGCCGGCUUGCCGAGUUUAUCAACUCCGAAUACAGCGACCAGGGACUGGUUUGUUUUGCCAUCCAUCCCGGAAGCGUAAUGACAGAGUUGGCUACAAACAUGCCCAAGGAAACACAUGAAUACUUGACCGAUAAGCCUGAGCUGUGUGGCGACACGAUCAUGUGGCUUGGAAAAGAGCACCGGCCAUGGCUCGGAGGACGAUUCGUCAGCGUUGCUUGGGAUAUGCAGGAGCUUGAGGCUAAGAGCAAAGACAUUGCCGAGAGGGAUAUCUUGAAGUUCCGCUUAACAAUGUAA